GAGUCUUCAGCAGGCGAGCCGGAGAAGAUCAAGCAGAGAAAGGAAGUGUAUAGCGCCGUUUAGUCGGUGUCGACAAUCGACACACACACGCGAAAAUAACGCGCAUUCCGCUGAAUCCGCUAGUUCUGGUGUACGUACGUUCGGUUUGACGCGUCAACGACCUUGAACUGUUGCCGAUCAGUGACAAUUUUAAUUGGUUCGAUGAUAUUUUGAUGAUUUUAUUGAUACCAUCUAUUAUUUGGUUAGUUUUAUGGUAUUUAGUCGGUAGUGGUUACGUAUCCGAUACACGUGACUAUUAUGACGAACGUAAAUAAAAUAAGGGUGGUUGUUUUGGGGAGUUCCCGAGUAGGAAAAUCAGCUGUGACUGUUCGAUACUUAACCAAGAGAUAUAUAGGAGAAUACAGUUCAACCAGUGAUUUUCUCUAUCGACAUAAUGUGACGUUCGACAACGUAACUACCGAAGUAGAAAUUUUGGAUACAUCAAAAUGUGCUAAAAAUGGUUGCCUCUACGAACACAUACGUUGGGGGGAAGCGUUCGUUAUAGUUUAUUCUGUAACGGAUAAACACAGUUUCCACGAAGCUCAAGAAAUAUUGGGACAACUGGUGAAAUUGAAGCUGCCGUCAUAUUAUACAAGCCUACUUUUAGGUAAUAAAAGAGAUUUGGACCAUUCUAGACAAAUAUGCGUGGACGACGGUCAGGAACUGUCCCUGCAGUACGGUUGUCAAUUUUACGAGGUCAGCGCCGCGGAAAAUUUCGCCGGAGUUUCCUUAGCUUUCCAAUCUUUACUUAGGGAAGCUAGAUCGGUACAGCUGUUGAAAGCUCUACCAAUCAGGAGGAAACUAGGAGUAAACAGCGUUUCGAAGGUUUUGGGUAAUAUUUUCGGUAAAAAUUCGAAAGGGGAUCGCAAGAAAAGACCCUCUUUGAGCAUAUAAAUUAAUAUAGAAUUGUGUGUAAUUAUUUUUCUUCAUAGUUCCUUAUUUAUUUAAGAAAUAAGUUUAGAAAAAAAAAACGUAUGUGAUAGCAGGCAAUUACCAUUCACUAUUUGUUUUGCUAUAUAUUGUAUUAUAUAAGACUGACAACUAUAUUAUUAAUCGAUGGUAGAAAAAUAUCAAUAAAUAUAUUUUUUAUCGAUUUACAUCCCUAUACAAAAUAUAUGAAUGCGCAAAAAAAAUAAUAAAAAAAAUUCGUAAUAACUUCCCUAACCUAAAACCGAAUUAUUGAUUUCUUUACACGAGUUAUUGAAAUAGUUCCAAUCCUAGAGGAACGUCUCACCCUGUAUGUUAAAACGUUAUUAGAAAAAAUACUUUUUGGUGGUCGAAUUUCAUCUUUCAAUUUUCAUUUUUAAUUGUAGUUUUCCAUAGAAAUUAUUUCGUUUCAGAUUUAUUUUUUUAAACCUUUUUUAAUUACCACAAUAUCAUCUGAUAUACCUCUAUUAUUCUCCAUCGUCUAUGGUCAAAUAAUAUAAUAAAAAUUUGAAGAUGGUAAUCAAAAUACUUUUUAUCAUCUCUCGACGUCAUUCUAGUUGAAUUUACCCCUUUUAAUCUUUAUUUUUCAAUAUAUUCUUUCAUUCCAAUCCGUUCGCUUCAGUUUUCUUCUUUUUUAUUUCUAUUUUUUUUUCCUAUCACUGAUACAAUCAUGAAUUGCCACAAUAUCAUUUGAUUCGAGAGUUUUUUCACAUUGUCUAUGGCCAAAUAACUUUAAAGGCAAUAUUCAAAAUAUUUUUUAAUCAAUUUUCAACGUCAAUUCUGCUAAAUUUUCUUCUCUUUAAUAUAUUCUUCAAUUUCAAUUUACUUCUUUAUUAUAUCUUUACGAUCCCAGGUUUAUUUCAUUCCAUUUAUGGAUAACUUUGGUAUCACUGACAACUGUCAAUUGUCAAAUAAGAAUUAACACCAAAACAAAGCAUAUAUAAUAUUUACAGACGUUAUUAAUGUUUGUAAAUCGAAAAUUUGGUGAUAUAAUCACCGACGAAGUGAUUUACGAUGUGUGCAAAUAGGUAUGCAUAAUUUUUAUUGUAUUAAAAGUGCCUUAAAACUAUUUACAUGUUACGUUAUUGAUAUUGAUCUCAAUAUUUAAAAAUAAUUAGUGAACUGGCAUUAAUAUUACGAAAAAAUGGCUCUUCUAUAAAUAAUUUUUAUAUAAUAUAAUCAAAAUACAUCAACAGUUUUGUCACCUUUAUUGUACUUAUACAGUUUGUUAGCCUUCAUUUGUACUUACACAAAAAUUAAUUUCAUUUGAAUAUUAAACUUAUUAAUCAAAAACUGCACAAGUUUUAUUCGUAAUUAAAAACAUCUUGGGACAUCAAUUAUCUACGAGGGUGUUAACAUAUAUUUUAAAUUUUGAUCUUAUUAAUCAAAAUCUGCACGAAGCUUUAUUAAUAAUUAAAAACAUCUUGGGGCAUCAUUGGAGGAUGUUAACAAAGAUUAAAAAUUGUGACCGAAACUAUAUAUGUUAAUUAGAGCUAUUUCUAAUAAAAUUAGUGCUAGAUCCUUCCAAAAAAAAUCAUAAAUCAUAUUGAAAUUAACGUAAUUAUAUUUUUUCAAACUUGUAUAGGUAUAAGGACAAAGAAUACGUUUUAUUACAUUAAUAUAAACAAUUCUUGACCUUAACGCUGAAUACAUGUUUAAUUAAAUUUUUUUCUAUAAUUUAUUUUUUAUUUUCAAUUUUCCUUAUUUAACCAACCGUCCUAUGUAUAUUUUCCUUUAAAAUAGGGAGCAAAGGCCCCCCAUAGUUAACACGUUGACUGUCAACUACAAAAUAACUUAUAAUUUAUCAUCCCCCUCAAGGGAUUUUUUCAUAUAAUGCAACUUUUUUAAAAAGCCUACAUUUUAAGUUAUAACUUUGUAUUUUUAAUUAUUUAAAUGAUUAAAUAAGACUGUAAAAAUGUUCUUGGCAGUCAACAUGUUAAAGAUGGGAGAAUUUACGCAAGAAAUAAUCAAAAUAUCAGACAUGAAGGAACUGAAAACAAAAAAACUGAUAAAUUGACAGUAUUUAGAAGUAACAUUUAUAGGAUGACGAAUUAUAGACUGGAUGGGUGAAAGAGAACAAAAAUUACGAUACCACUUAUCAAAUAGAUGGAUUUGUAGGAAAAGAAGAUUUUCGUCCGUUUUCAGCCCUAACAUAGGCAUUAUAUGCCUAUAAGAAACAAAUUGUUAGAACUGAAGAUACAAACUUGUUUUUCGAUUUAGGUUUCCAGUUCCUUUUCUUACACUGUUGGAAAUCUACAUGUCGAAAGUGCUACUAGAUUUACAAGAAGAAAAGAGCUUAUACAAUUUGAAGAAUUCCAUUGAAUUUACUAUUUGUACCUCAAAAACAUCCAGUUUUAACAUAUUGUUUAGUAAGUAAGCAGAAACAAAUGGAAGUAAGAGAUGGUAGAAGUACAAUACAACGUAAAUCUGUUGGAUGAAUGGAUGAGUAUCAAAGUUUGAAGUAUAUGAAGAAUCAGUAUUCAGAGACAGGAGACGUUCCAGUUGACAGAUCCUGUUUAAGGGAGAUACCUGGGCUUGAUAUAGAUUAGAACAACUUGACGGUACCAAGGAACAACCAGAAGAAAUCAAAUGAAGAUGUUUAGUAGUAGAGUCGCAUCAGGACAAAUUGUAUUAAGAAUAAACAUGUCUAAAUAUUGAAUCUUUUAGGUAAUAUUUGUUUACUUUUAUUGGUACUCCCUGUAUAAAAACAUUGUAUAUUGACACUUAUAAUUUGUGCACUACAUGUUGUGUGAUCAUGUUAUAUUUAGUUAAAUAAAAUUUAAUAUUGGAAA